AUGACGGGAAUUCUAAUCCUGAUCAGCAGUUUCCUCAUCGCGCUCACAAUACUGCUAAGAGCCCUGCAGGAUAAAAGUGGAAAUGCCAAACCGAUCCAAAGGGACAAUAAAAAAGAUAAGGGCAAAAGUAAAGAAGCCCCUAAACAGAAAAAACAAACAGGCAGUGGUACUACCAAAAGUUUAGACAGAAGCACUCCCCAUGUUAUGUUCGAUAAGAACGUUGUUGCCCUCAAGGGUAAUAACUACCCCGUAAGUGUAUGCGUAAAUGGAGAAUGUGGAACCAUCGCCAUCAGCUGCAACAACGGUAACUUACAAUUCCACAAGAUCGGCAAAGAUGGCUCGAACAAAAUUACCCUGAGCAAAAAGCUAGACGAGGUGUACAGCUGCAUAGCCAUAAACGAAGAGGCAACAUAUCUGGCAGCGGUGAGCGAACUAUACUCAACAUUAAGAAUUUUUAAAAUAGGAAAAGUGGAACAAAGUAUCAAAAGUAUUUCUCUCUCCCUGGAAGGGAAAAAGGAACUACACAAGAAAGACGUGAAAUUUCUGUACAUUCAUAAAAACUCUUUUAUAAUUACCGGAUCGGAGUUGGAUGAGACGGAGGUAAAAAUCUGGGACAUGAAGGGGGACCUUUUAAAAGUCGUGAGCAUCAAACAGGUUUAUAAUUACGACUAUGCUGUUUCGAAGAUGGCUAGAUUUUUUGGAGUCGCUUGCUGGUCCCCGGACAUUAAAAUCUUUGAGAUAAAACAAAAGGAAAAUAACUUUCACAGCAUCGACAAGGUCAUGGAUUUAAAAACCAGCUCGGGCACCAAGUGCGUCUGCUUCAGCGACGACGAGGAAAAGGCAUUCCUAAUUGACAAAAAUGGAAUUCUCGCUGCGUAUAAUUUGAACGUGCGUUAUAAGCUCCAAGAGGAGUCCAAAAUUUUGUACAAAAAGGAUUUGAAGGAAUACCAUUUGGAAGAUUUCUCCAGAAUGUGCCUAUCGGGUGACUCCAACCACAUCAUCGCAACUUCUGGGUGCAAUGUGCUAAUUCUGAAGCAGGACGAUUUGCAGCUUGUAAACAAAAUAAUGGAUGCCCAUCAGGGGGAGAUAUUUGGAGUCCUACCCAUGGCAGGCACAUCCCGUUUUGUUACAUGGGCGAAUGAUGGCACUGUAAAGCUAUGGGAUACCUCCAAAAAAUAA